AUGCUUAUACGUGCAAGAGGCCCAGAUGGUACGCACAGGAUAACUGUAGAUCAGACGGACACUUUCGCAGAUUUUGGAGAAAAGCUCAGCCAUGUUCUACCAAAAACAGUCGACUUUAGCACGAUGACCUUGUCGAACCAGCCCAGAGAUGGCGAUGUGAAGUUGCUCAAAGAUAUUGCACAGUUCAAAGUUUCGCAAAUCGGCUUGAAUCACGGUGAUAUCAUGUUCAUAAAUUAUAAGCAUUCAGGCGCAGAAACAAAUGGUCAAUCCGAUGCAGAUUCUCUUGGCUCAAGCGUAUCCGGCAUAAGAACCUCGUCAAAUAGGUUGAACGGCCAGGUUGUAUUGCCGAACUCGGAUUUGCCCAUAGACCCUCUUCCCAUCACGUCGCCGUCGGAGAAAAUCAAGAACCCGUGGGAAGUCGUGAAGCAGCAUCCUGUGGACGAUAGAUUAGAUAAGAAGGAUGGAAGAAUACCGAGAAAGAGAGACCCUAAGAUGUGUAGACAUGGGGAGCGAGGCGCGUGCGAUUAUUGUACGCCACUGGAGCCAUAUAACGCCGACUAUCUCAAAGAGAAGAAAAUCAAGAACCCGUCCUUUCAUUCCCAUUUACGAAAAAUCAACUCUGCGACAAACAAGCCUGAAUUAGGAAGCUCAUUUAUGCCCCCGCUUACCGAACCAUAUUAUCGAGUAAAACCGAACUGCCCAAGUGGCCACCCUCAGUUUCCGCUCGGAAUUUGUACGAAAUGCCAGCCUAGUGCCAUAACCUUGCAAGCACAGCCUUUUCGAAUGGUAGAUCACGUCGAAUUCGCUGAUGCCUCGUUGAUCGAGAAGCUCUUGGACUUUUGGAGGAAGUCUGGUGCCCAAAGACUUGGCUAUUUAUAUGGGAGAUACACUGAAUAUACAGAGGUGCCCUUAGGCAUUAAGGCAGUCGUGGAAGCAAUCUAUGAGCCACCCCAGGUUGACGAGAUUGACGGGGUCACGCUAAAUGAAUGGGAGAAUGAAAAAGAUGUCGAUGAAGUUGCGAGACUUUGCGGACUCCAAAGAGUUGGAGUUAUUUGGACGGAUCUUCUAGACUCUGGUGUCGGUGAUGGCUCCGUUGUGUGCAAGCGUCAUAUCGAUUCGUAUUUUCUGUCCUCCCAAGAAAUCAUGUUCGCUGCUCGCCAACAAGCCCAGCAUCCUAAACCCACUAAGUGGAGCGACACCGGAAAAUUUGGAUCAGCUUUCGUGACUUGUGUUAUUAGCGGAGACGAAUCUGGUCAGAUAAGCAUUUCAGCUUAUCAAGCCUCCAACUCAGCAGUAGAAAUGGUUAGAGCGGAACUUGUGGAGCCAUCGGUUGAUCCUUCUGUGAUGCUGGUUCGAAACGAGGAGGAGGAUGACGGGUCAAUAAGUCGUACCCGCUAUAUUCCUGAGGUUUUCUACCGUAAGAUCAAUGAGUAUGGUGCCCAGGUCCAGGAGAACGCAAAGCCAUCAUUCCCCGUCGAAUAUCUUCUCAUCACUUUGACACAUGGAUUCCCCAGCAAUCCCAUGCCGCAAUUCAUCGCUGAUCCUCCAGGCUUCCCAAUCGAAAAUCGUGCAGUCAUCGGGGUAGACCAGGACCUGAAGGAUCUCAGUAAACGGCUGCAACUCGACCGCAAUGGAGAACUGACAAACCAAGAUGCAGCUAUCAAGUCAAUCUCCGACUUCCAUCUGCUCUGCUUCCUUCAUGGAUACGGGGUGUUAGGCAAAGACGAAGAAGCGCUUCUGUGCAAGGUUGCAACUCAACACGACUUAGCAGACGGAUUUCAGCUACUGUCCACGUCUGGCUGGGCUACUUUACUGGCAAUCUUACAAUCGACUGGUGAGAGACCCCCUAAGCGGCCAUCACCGGCUGAGAGCGACGAGCGACUUGCUAAAAAGGUUGGGAGAGUAAGGCUAGACUAG